UUUCUGUAGGUUUGUGGAAGACUUUGGGGUGUACAAAAAAAAUUGAAAAAGCUAUAGGAGAUAAUAAUAAAUAUAAAAAACCCACAAGAAGCUUAAUGAUAAAUCUUGCUGAAGAGUUUGACCGGGUUUGACCCAGCGCAUGACAACCUGAAUGCAAGUCCUGAGGGAAGCCACUCAGAUUGCACGUGAGGAGGUAAAGAUUGGAAACUCACCCCGCUGCUCACCACUCACUUCACUGUACAGCUUGUUCUUGUCACCACAACACAGAUUAGCAUGCUCAGAAAUGUGAUAGCACUGGACACUAGCCUGAUUUAUUCAACUCCUCUUGAUCUGAGUAUUAAUUUUAAUACUUGCAUACAAUAAAACUUUCAUAUAAAGCUAUGUGAAGAUUUAGAUAUAACCUUUGCUUGUCUUAAUAUUAUAUUAUUAUCAUUCUCCUGCUUUAAAGUCAUUGUGCACGACCCCACCAUCCCCCUCCUGGUCUACACAGACAGGAGAGUGAUGUCCAACUGGUUGCGACUUGCCAGCUAACUGGAGGACACAAAGAGAUCAGAUGGAAGGAAAUUUUGUAGUUUUCAGUUCGUCUGGUUUUGGAGGAUUUUUGGUUUCACCGAUCAUUAAAGAUUUUAAGCUUUUGUUCUUUAUGGGUUUGUCCUCUUUUUGUCAUCACGUGCUUCUCAAUUGAAGGCAAAGUCAUGAGUCAGUUUUGAUGUGCUAUUACUGAGUCACUCAUUUGCUUGUUUGACUUUUUAGGGAGGGUGUUUGACCUAGCCCUUGGUAACCUUGAUGUUGUUGUUCCCUCUGUGUGUGUGUGUGUGUGUGUGUGUGUGUGUGUGUGUGUGUGUGUGUGUGUGUGUGUGUGUGUGUGUGACGGUUGGCUCACUACACUUUAUCCUCAUGUCAGACUGUCUCCUCAGUUAGCUAAGAGGUCCUGUAUUCAGAGGGAUAUCCUGAAGAAUUCUACGAUUGUCAUGGAGUCUGACAGCUUCCUUUCUCCUUCUCAGCAUUUCACUCUGUGAGGUGUCAAGCCAGAUGUACUUGCAUGUUGGCAGCAAACCGUGUGAAACCUGAACGUAGCCUCUGUAGCGUCACCCAUCAGUUUCGAAGAGCCAUUGUGAAGCUCGGUGUGGUGUCUCAGGCUGUCGCCAUCUUGGCAAACCCUGACUCCACCUUAACUCCUGGCUAAUCCAAAAAUGGGCAAGGGAGGUGGAGCAGUGUGGAAUGGAGCCUAGUUACUGAUGGCUAGUGACAAUCUUUCACUCAAAGAAGCAAUUCCUUUAAUUGUGCUUAACUUUGAGCCUUAAUAUCAUUCGAGGUGAGCUUUAUAAAAAUUCACCCCAUCUGUAGUUGUCCAGAAUGGGAAGGUUAGCUAUAAAGACAAACAGUUUUGUGUACCAGGUUGUAAACAUGUUUAUUUCUGCUAUGAAGUCGGGCAUUUUAACAUGCAGGUUUAUCGUGACUGAUUUGCUUUUGGAGCAAGCCUCAAGUGGCAUUCAGCAUUGGCUUCAUUUUUAAGCCCCAGAGAUCGCCAAUUCACACUAUACUGGGCUCAUUUGUUGGCCAAUUUGGGAGUGUGUAAGUCAGUAAAACCAAGAACAGGUCAAGAUUGAAGGUGUUUCCUGGUAUUUCUCACGUAAAUUGAGCAUAUAAGUCAGUUAACCUGCCUCUUGGAACAGUAUCCGGAGGCUCUUAAGUUUUGCAGUUUUGUUUUAACUCUACAAUGUGUAUAUUUUACUGUGUAUACUACAGAGAGAAGGGUACUUUUGGUUAUUGCCCAUUUGUGGUAAGAGAAGCCACACAUUGAGCAGUAAAAGUCGUUGGAAAAGUAAGAUGUGCUCUGUGUGCUCAUUGUUCACAUCAGAUUAAAGGACUGCUAGAGGAUGACGUAACACCUCCUCUAUUGCCAAAUUAGUGAAUUCUUCCUCCGUUGUGACUCUCACCCAUGGCUAGUGCACUCUGUGUCAGCAUGGAAACCAAGCAUGCAGUUCAGCAUUCGGGAUUGUGUCACUGUUAACUCCGGCGAAGGAGACAGCAAAGCUCUGUUGAAUGCAGAAAUCGGUGACUCAUCGCUACGCCCACAACGGCCUCUGCUCCAGAAUGCCAAGUGGUACUUGUUGUGAUGCUUUCCCUCAUUAAGGGAGAUCAAACCCAACCAGGGAAACGUUUCAUUUUCUCCCUUAUGUCCUUUUAUAAAGCUCUGAGCAGACGCCCAUCUGGUGAACAGAAGUCAUAUUGUCGAGGGGGCUCAUAGUUCACCUGCCCUUUGACCCCUGCCUCCACCCCAACACACAGCUGGGCCUUUUCAGAACACGACACAUUUCUCUGCUGCCACACUUUGCUUCCGACUGACAAUGCAGCCUCGUCUUUCUAAACCUCCCCGCAGCAACGUACUGAUAUCUACCAAACACACAGUUCUUAUCAUUUUGUUUACAAGACAGGUGCAACAACAUGAGGGAGGACAUUGGUAUUCGGGUGGAUGUUUCACUGCACUCGCUUACCAGGUGUUUGUGUGUUUGCUGAGGCCUUUGUACCCUCCACAGCAGAUAAAAGGAAUGAGCACUAGUUCAGUAGCCUCACACAGAGAAGGAAGUUACAUGCAGACUGCUGAAAUCUGUAAAUCGGGCAUGUCAUCACUCCAGCACUCCUGAAAAGCAGAGACAUGAGGAAUUCAUCAUGAGUUUAUCUUGGCUGCUGGAGACGGACAGCAAGUCACUGCGCUCCAUGAAUGGCUCCAGGCGAAACAGUGGCUCUUCCCUGGUGUCCAGCUCCUCUGCCUCCUCCAACCUGUCUCACCUGGAGGAGGACACCUGGAUCCUGUGGGGACGAAUCGUCAAUGAGUGGGAGGAGGUGCGCAAGAAGAAGGAGAAGCAGCUUAAGGAUCUUGUCAGAAAAGGGGUUCCUCACCACUUUCGGGCGAUAGUGUGGCAGCUGUUGUGCAACGCCCAGAAUAUGCCCAUCAAGGAUCAAUACUCUGAACUGCUGAAGAUGACGUCACCCUGCGAGAAGCUGAUUCGCAGAGACAUCGCUCGUACUUACCCUGAACACGAAUUCUUUAAAGAGAAGGACAGCUUGGGCCAGGAAGUGCUCUUCAACGUCAUGAAGGCAUAUUCUCUGGUUGACCGAGAGGUUGGCUAUUGUCAAGGGAGUGCCUUCAUCGUAGGACUGCUGCUCAUGCAGAUGCCAGAAGAAGAAGCUUUCUGUGUGUUUGUGAAGCUGAUGCAGGACUACAGACUACGAGAGCUGUUUAAACCCAGUAUGGCUGAGCUGGGACUCUGCAUGUACCAGUUUGAGUACAUGAUCCAGGAGCAACUCCCCGAGCUGCAUAUGCAUUUCCAGGCUCAGAGUUUUCACACCUCCAUGUACGCAUCCUCCUGGUUUCUCACCAUCUUCCUCACCUCCUUCCCUCUGCCCGUCGCCACCAGGAUCUUUGACAUCUUCAUGUGUGAGGGACUGGAGAUAGUUUUCCGUGUGGGACUGGCAAUCCUUCAGAUGAACCAGACUGAACUCAUCCAGCUCGACAUGGAGGGAAUGUUACAGCACUUUCAGAGGGUCAUCCCACACCAGCUUGACAGCGGACCAGAUAAGGUCAUCCAGGCUGCUUAUCAGGUUAAAUACAACGCCAAGAAGAUGAAAAAGUUAGAGAAAGACUACACUACAAUCAAAACUAAAGAGAUGGAGGAGCAGGUGGAGAUAAAGAGGCUGCGGACAGAAAACAGGCUCCUGAAGCAGCGGAUUGACACGCUGGAGAAAGAAAGUGCUUCCUUGGCAGAUAGAUUGAUCCAGGGACAAGUGACUCGAGCUCAGGAGGCCGAGGAGAACUACCUGGUCAAGCGGGAGCUGGCCACAGUCAAACAGCAGAGCGAGGAGGCCAGUGCUCAGCUGGAGCAGGCCAAGAACACCAUCAGGCAGCUCCAGCAGCAGCAGCAGCCACACGCGAAGGGAGCCCCUCGGUACUCUGAGGAGUCGGUCCUGCAGCUGGAGAGAGAGCUGGUGCAGGCCCGGCUGAAGGAGGCGGAGUCACAGUGCGCCCUCAAGGAGAUGCAGGACAAGAUCCUGGACAUGGAGAAGAGGAACACAUCUCUACCAGAUGACACCAACGUGGCGCGUCUUCAAGAGGAGCUGAUAGGGGUGAAGCUGAGAGAGGCGGAGGCUCUGACCGGCCUCAAAGAGCUGAGGCAGCAGGUCAGAGACUUGGAAGAGCACUGGCAGCGUCACUUGGCACGCACAGCUGGUCGCUGGAAGGACAGCCCCAGGAAGAACGCGUUGAGCGAGAUGCAAGACGAGCUGAUGAGCGUGAGGCUGCGUGAGGCGGAGGCCCAGGCGGAGCUGCGAGAGACGCGGCAGAGGAUGCUGGAGAUGGAGACGCAGAAUCAGAUUCACAGUAACCAGCUGCGACGGGCGGAGCAGGAGAGUCGUUGUCUCCAGGAGUGUGUGCAAACACUGACGCUACAAAAUAAAGACCUGAAUGGGCAGCUUCAAGAAAUCAAGCGACGACAAGCUGAGAUUGAGUGCAAGAGUAAGGAAGAGGUGAUGGCAGUGAGGCUGAGAGAAGCUGACAACAUUGCUGCUAUGGCUGAACUCCAGCAACAGAUCUCAGAGCUUGAGAUUCAGAAAGAAGAAGGAAAGGUCCAAGGCCAGCUGAACCACACAGACUCGAGCCAGUACAUCCGCGACCUCAAAGACCAGAUAGCAGAUCUCAAACACGAGAUCUGCUGCAUAAAAGGACAGAAGGGCUUGGCCAGUCAGCCCACUUUUGAUGGGAUCCAUAUCGUCAAUCACUAUGCGGGGGAUGAUGGGUCUUACCAGUCUUCAGAUGAGGAUGGAGUCAAGGUCCCCACCCUCCGGGACAGCCAGCAGAGGAGCGGGGGCCGUAUCAGACUGCAGCCCAACCUCGGGGACACCGACAGCGAGGAAGAGGAGGAAGACGACGAGGCCCUGCGACUCUCUGUGCCUCAGAGCGGCAGCCACAAGUCCACCACGGUGUGACCGGCACCCGCUGAGGAAGAGGAGGUGUUUUCAGGCAGCCCAUCGAGAGGAUCAGUCUGGAUCUGGAGUUCUGAAUAUCAGAAACGAAAUGCAUCAUCAUUUCAUAUCAUGAGAAUCACACUUACAGAUUUAGUUUAUUUAGUUUGUAUUUUUCUUUUCUUCCUGAGGGCAGCAAACACCGGCCUGCCUGAGCACCACUGACAGAGAAUAACACAUGUGGAGUGUAUCAAACUCUACUGUGGGAGGAGGAGGAGGAGGAGGAGGAGGAGGAGGAGGAGGAGGAGGAGGAAGGGUCUGAUCCUGCCCCCCUCCUGUAGGUACAACACAGAGAAAGAGACUGUGCAAUAAAAACAACAACAACAUUUUAUGCUAUAUCACACACUUCAUCCAAUGUGUUUUUAUAUUUUUAAGCAUUUUAUAAAAUGAACAUCAACAUUGUAUCAUGCCGUUACUACUAAGUGUCCAUCAUGCAAAGGGCAGAAUUGUAUAAGUGCUGUGUGUGUGUGUAUGUGUGUGUAUAUAUAUCUAUUGUGCGGACGGGCUUGGUCAGAGGCUGGUAUCAGACUUGACCGUUUUUGGCCUGAGCACAUGCCGCAUGCCUUUCACCAGGGCCGCUGUACCACGAGGUCUGUGUGACAUCUGCAAACCUGUAGAUAUGUAAAUGUGUAUUAUGUUUGUUUUUUGUUGUUGUUUUUUUUUUUUUGGAUUUCCUUUUGAACUUGAAAAUAUGUAUCUAUUGCAUAUCUUAUGUUUAGAAUAUAUUGUACAAUUGAGAGAGAAAAAAGGGACAUGAGUUGGUUUAAUACGGUAACACGAAUGACAAAUCCUGUUUUUUUUUUUUUUUGAGACGAGUGAGGUGAAAAAAAAGGAACUGAUCUUCAGCUCGCAGACGAGGGGACAGAUUUAUUUUUUGGUAACACUUUGUAAUAAGUAUCAUUAAUAAAUGGUUAAUUUAUAGUUAACGAAUCAUUAGUUAAUAGUUAUUCUACUGUUAACAGUGAAAUGCUUCCAGUCAUUUAUUAAGCGAUUGUUUACUGCAAACAUACAACUGAUGUUUUAAUACUUGGUGAUUGGUUUAUGAAGCAUUUUGUUGUUAACAGACAAACAGCUAUUAACUAAUGUUUAAUUAACCAUUAAUGAAACAUCUAUUAAUAAUGCUUUUUAUAAAGCGACUUUUUUAACCACUGUUGCUGAUGUACUGAGUUCUCUGACACAUCCUGACUUUACUUUCAAGAUGACCUCCCCACCCCCACCCUGC